UAAAAUGAACUUUCUAUUUGUGGACUGUCAACUAGUAGAAAAAUAUUGAAAUUAUUUUGACGACUUAUUAUGACCUUUUAGUGAAAUGCACGUUAUUUUAAUUCGGAACAAUUCGUACGUGCAUACAUGUAUCAAAAACUUGGUCACGUCAUCCAGCCAAGCGUUACAUCAUGCUAAGUUCGUUACUACUUAGAAGAUUUUCUCUAUAAAUACAAAUCAUUAUUUCUGUUACAUCAUAAUAACAAACACAAAUAUAAAAAAUAUUAAAAAGAUUUUCUUUUAUUAAAAAAGAAAAAAGAAAAAAAAAUGGCUAGGGCUAGAACAAGUUCUUCCUCUACCGCCACUCUAGCCAUUGUUCUUCUCUGUAUGACCCUGGUCGGUCAGUGUUAUGGUCAGCUGAAGCAAGGUUACUACACCGGAAAAUGUAGUGCCAAUGUUGAGAGUGUUAUUUUCGAUAUAGUUUCAAAAGCUUACCAAACUGAUAAAUCCAUUGUUGCUGCUCUUCUACGAAUGCAGUUUCAUGAUUGCUUUGUUAGGGGAUGUGAUGCAUCCAUCUUGUUAGAUGGAAGCACCGCAGAGAAAAAUGCACCAUCAAAUGGCAGUGUUCGAGGUUAUGAACUUAUCGAUGCUAUCAAAACAAGAUUGGAGCAAUUGUGUCCUCAACUUGUCUCUUGUGCAGACAUCAUUGUCGUAGCAACUAGAGUUGCGGUUGCCUUGGCUCAAGGAAAUUGGUACAAUGUUGAAACUGGAAGGAAAGAUGGAUCAUUUUCAUCAUCAACUGAAGCUGAAAAGAACCUUCCUCCACCCUCAAUCUCAGUUCCAAAUGCAAUUAGACUAUUCAAUAGCAAGGGAUUGAGCGCCAAUGAUUUUGUGCUUCUCUUAGGAGGUGGUCACACCGUUGGAGUCAUUCAUUGUAGCAAAUUCCUAGACCGGUUGUACAACUACCAAAACACCGGUAGAGCUGAUCCAUCAAUGAACUCAGCAACUCUUACGUCGUUUCAACAAAGAUGUCCUCGCAGUGGAUCAAACAACUUUGUUUACGCGGACCAAACUGUAGGAAGUGAAUUCAGGGUGGACAAUGGAUUCUACAAGGCAAUUUCGCAAGGCAAGGGUGUGCUCGAAAUUGAUCAACGUAUUGCAAGCGACUCACUAACCAAGAAUUCAGUGAGUAGGUUGGCUUGGACUGGGGACUUUGCCACCCAAUUUGGUACCGCUAUGAUCAAUCUUGGUAGGGUUGGAGUCCUUACCCAGGGUCCGGUCAGGAGGAACUGCCGUCGUAACUACUAAUACCACAUCUGUGCUUACCACAAUAUGCAUGGUCGUUGUUCCUGGUGUUACUUUAAUUUAAUUUGACGGCUUAACUAUCAUUCUUUCUGUUCAAGCUAUUAUGAACUUGUUCGUUUUUUCAUUAUAUUUCUUCAUUUGUUUUUGACUUAUAUGUAAUUUUGAGUAUUAUUAAGAGUGUUUGAAUUAUCUAUGGAACUAUAUAAGUUCCAAUCAACUUUACUUGUUUGUAUUAACAAAAGGCUUAUAAUACAAUGGGAAUUAUUAUGAGUAUUUUUAUUUAUAUAAUAAUCUAUAUUUCAUCCUUUUUUUUUUUUUUUUUUUUUUGUGAUAAGUAUCUAUUUCAUCCCUUUGUUUCUCAUUAGUUCUCAAACAAAUUAAAAUAUUUAAAUGGUACUCAUACAAAAUACAAGUUUACAUACAGAUAUAUGUCCUCAUUAAUUAUAUCUACUUUCUCUCUUUCCAAAUUUCCUCAUUAUUCUAGCUCUUUGUUCAGUUUUAAAAAAUAUUACCAAAAAAAAAAACAAUAAAAAAAGACAUCAUAGGAUAUAACAUCAUCAAUUAAACAUAUUUAUUAGUUCAUUAUAAUAUAAGAUCGAUUAAUUGAUAUACGUUAAAUUAUUUGAAAUUCAAUAGUUAACUCUAUUCGAAAAUAAUCUCCAACUUGCAUAUGAUCAUGCCUUAACU